AUGAUCACAUCAAAAAUAAGCUUAGUUUUUCUAACAAUUGUUAUACUUGCAAAACUCACAUGUGGGCAACAAAGAAUAAGCGAUAUAAAGUGUAAAGAAUAUGAGAGUUUAACACAAAUUCCGUUCUAUGUCAGUAGUCACCCAAGUUUUCCAGUCAACAAAGUAGCAACUGAUGGAUGCAAACAUAAAUCAGUUCCAUUGGUGAUUGGUGGCACUAAUGCAAAUAUAAAUGAGUUUCCACAUCAGGCACUCUUGGGAUUCGAAGUUGGAAAUAAAAUUGAAUGGUCAUGUGGCGGUUCCAUAGUAUCGCCUAAUUUUAUUCUGACUGCCGCUCACUGCAUAAUUCAUCCAAAAAAUGUAACUGUGUCACUAGUCAAGGUCGGAAUGCUUCAACGCUUGGAAGAUAAAUUUACAGUCACAUAUGAUGUUGCUAAAGUAUUUCAGCAUCAAGAAUUUAAUAAAAGGACAAUCAACAACGACAUCGGUCUUAUAAGACUCACCAGGAAUAUUGAGUUUAGUGAUAAAAUAUAUCCGAUAUGCUUACCAUCAAAACAGGAUGAGGAUUCGGAUGUUAUUGUCACUGGUUUUGGAAGAACUGCUCAAUAUCAUGCACAGUCAGAUAAUUUAUUGAAAGUUGGUCUUGAAUUGUUUCCUUUUGAUGAAUGUCAAAAAUUGUACAGAAAGAAGAGAUUAAAUGAAUCUACAAUGAUUUGCUAUGGACAUCGAACUGAAAAGAAAGAUGCAUGCCAGGUAAGACUGGUGGUCCAGCUCAGAUUCUAAAUGACAUACAAUCAAAAUGCACUUACAAGCAAAUUGGAAUUGUUAGCUUUGGACCAAAAAAUUGUGGACAAAUUGGAUUUCCUGGUGUCUUUACUAAUGUGUUUUACUAUUUAAAUUGGAUUGAGAGCAUUGUAUGGAAGGAUGAAAUGUGA